UCGGCGUGGCGGUGGUUGAGGGAGUUGGCACUUGGCAAAUACCCUUCGGAGGCAUCAAGGAUACAACCGAGGUUCUGCUACAUUCAGAGGUGGCGCUUGGCGGGUUGCAGGCAAGACGGUGUUAAGCUGCGCGAUCCCGGGCUGACAGCCGGCCUCUAUAUUCGGAAAGAACGUCAUCUGUCGUGCGAGGAGAACGCACACUGGCAGGAACGAAGAUAACGAGAGCCAGAGCGAGCGAAUCGGGUGGAGUGGGGAACAGCGCGCGGAGGAAGAGAGGGAAAAGGUUGUUGUCCAAAGAUUCCACAUGUUUGCCCUGCAAUCGGCGCCCACCAGCGGCCCGCUCCGGCCGCUGAUAGCCAAUUUUUGGGAUGCGUGCCCUUUUCUGGGCGAGCGGGGUGGUGCCGAGGGAAUCCGCGGUGGCAUCGGGGACGGACGUCACGGCAGCAGCAUCGGUGGCAGCACGCGGCUCCUGCGGUGCUUCUUGUCGUUACCGUCGUCGUCGUUGUCCCCACCGUCCGCCGCAGUCGACGAUAGUCGAAACAGCCGUCGGCGUCGUAGCCGAAGUGCGGAGGAACGACACCCUGUCCACGGCGCCCAAGCUUGCCAGCAGGUGAGCAGUAGCAGUCCUACGACGGCGUCCGCCACAGCCCCCGCGCCGGAGACUCUUCCGGGGUGGAUCGGGCGCCUCGGACUUGAUGAAGAAGAGGAGGAGGAUCUGGUUGCCGCGUUUGCGGCUCUCCCGGAGCCACCGCCACCCUCGGCUGCUGACGCAAAGCUGGUGCAGGCGACCAGGGAAUUGGUUGUGUCGAUGAAGAGGCCGAUGCCGGAACAGGUGAGACGGGGAAAGCCGAAGAGACGCGGAAGGCCGAGAAAGAACCCAUCGUUAGUUGAGGUCAAGGAGUCUUCGGAAUCGCAACAUAGGCGGGAUGAGAAGGAGAUGAUGCGGAUAAAAGCGGAAAACCUGGCUGAUGCGAGCAAAUCAGCGGAGGCGACAGAGCUCUUGAACUUUCCUGUGGAAGCGGCCGCAAAGUCGACGACGGAGGCAAGGGGCCGGUGGAUCCAGGAGCGGCUGCUCCUCAAUGACGCGACUUUGGCGAAGAUGAUGGAGUUCUACCCACAGUGUGUAAGUAACCGGAUCGUGGAAAACCUCGAGCCGAAGCUGGAAUGGCUGCAGAAGGAAUUGGGUUUGGAUGACCAGGCCAUGGGCAAGAUGAUAUCGACAGCUCCGGUGAUCCUUGGGCUAAGCGUCGAGGCGAACCUCAAGCCCAAGCUGGAAUGGAUGAAGGACACCCUUGGCCUGGACAAGAAGGCCUCGACGAAACUCGUGAUGGCUGUGUCCUCUGUUCUGGUACUCCUGCAGGACACCCUGGACAAGAAGCUCGCGUUCUUGCGCGGCGAGGAACUCAACCUGUCCGAUGUUGAGGUGAAGCGCAUCGUUAGGAACUCGCCGUCCUUCUUCACCUUCAGUGUGGAGGAAAACAUGAGGCCAAAGCUGGCCUGGCUACGAGAACGGAUGGGAUUGGACGCGAUCGGGAUCCGGAAGUUGGUUGGUCGGAGCCCUCGUGUCUUGGCGCUCAAGGUGGAGACCAUUGAAGGGAAGCUUAUGUGGCUGGAGGGCCGACUAGGCACGGACAGGGAAAGGGUAAAAAGAGUCGUGAUGACCUUCCCUCCAAUCCUGAGCAUGGCCCUGGACACCAUGGACUGGAAGAUUGUAUGGCUGCAGAAGCGGCUCAGCCUGACCCAAGAACAGCUGAUUACGGUGAUUGUGAAGUACCCAAACCUCCUGGCGUACAGCGUCGAGGACAACAUUGAGCCGACCCUCAAGUGGCUGGAAGAGGAUUUAGGCCUGGACGCGUCCGUCGCGGGGAUGUUGGUGGUGCGGCAACCGCGGCUCCUUAGCGCAAACCUCGAGCACAACUUGAAGAACAAGGUGCCGUGGAUGGUAGAAACCCUGAACCUACCCAGAGACGUCAUUCUGAGAGUCAUCACCAGCUCCCCGGAUCUCCUGAACCUAAGCACCGAAAAAAAUCUGGGGCCCACGAUACAAUUUUUUUACGACGAGAUGGGUGCCUCAAAGGAAGAGGUCUCGGAGGUGGUGGCCAGAGGUGGGAAGGCCCUCCUGUACAGCCUGGAGAAGCGCUGGAAGCCGCGCGUCGCGAGAAUCAGGGCCAAGGGGGUUACACCGUGUUUCCAUGACCACUGGAAGCCUAUCGCGAACCGGAGUCCCGCCAAGUUUGAUGAGUGGCUGACCACCCUACAGUAGAGUAUGGGGAACUUGACGGCUGGAGUGGCAGAGACACCAACCUUGUGUAGGCAUCUCACAAGUUUGCGGUAUGCCUAUCUUUGUGCACAGCAGUGCCGAAUCUUUGCGCAUCCAUUCCAACGUAAUGCGAACUUCGUGCACGCGUGCUCUUGUUGAGCUGGGAGAGGAACUGCGCCGGGAAGGAAUUGUUUUUGUUUCCAUGACAAUAUUUGUGUUCCCUGGAACCAAGAAUGGGGUAGUUUUGGUGGAGGCAGGAGUAGGUGGCUCAGGCCAUCUGUUCUCCUCGUUCAUGUUGGGUGUCGUUCGGCGAUCGAUGUAGUGUACAUUUUGGUCAACCUAGAGUUUGUUUAAUGUAAUGGUUGCGAGAGAGAGAGAGAGAAUGAGAGAGAGAGAGAGAGGGAGAGAGAGAGAGAGAGAGAGAGAGAGAGAGAGGCGGUGGUGCGCUCGCCCCUUGGGUGUCCUCUUUUUCUUCACUUGAUGAACUUUGUGAUUUUGAGGACAAGCGUUUCGGGGUUCUACAGCACGUGGCGGGAGGGGUGGGCAGCGUUUCGAGCAAGACUCGUCUUAUAUCUAGCGUGAUUAGAAACGCACAGCGAUGGGAGAAUGUUGGAAAGCAUACAAUACAAGCACAUAUAGAAAGACACGGCCGAGACUGCCCUUAGUUAGAUGGGCUACGUUCGUUGCACCGAAGGUCGGUUACCGUCGUCAUUGUCAUAAGGGGUUCGUUGGACAUGAUCAACGGAUGGUGCACUCGAACCUCGAUCUUGCAAUAGUCUUUUCUGAUUGUCUUCCUAUUUGAUUCCUCCUCCUCCGCGGUUCUCAGUUUUGAACAGCAGACGUGUCCAUCCCA